UCAGCAUUAGUAUCUCCGCAGCUCCAGUAGCUUCAGCUUCAAUAUCUUCAGUACCGACCGCUUCGUCGAUCUGAACGAUGUCGGCACAUUAUCUCAGUUGCCUACUUCCUUAAUUCUUGGGAACUUCAGUUCUUGGGAAUCCGUCUGACAAGAUCAUGAUAGUUCCCGCAGCCAUAUUUUUUGCUAUUCUGUGUGCGGCCAAUGGUGAGAAAAAAUAUGUAUGGGACAUCCUGAAACCUGCCAUGUCGGCUGCGGAAGUCAUUGACAUUUUAUCCAGUGCUGUGGCUGGACACGCGUAUCCCAUGCUGGCGGAGGUGCCGGUUUCCAGUAACUUCGACUGUAGCGCGCAGAUGUACCCGGGAUUUUAUGCCGAUGUCGGCACAUACUGUCAGGUUUUCCAUAGGUGUGACAUUAACGGGAACCGGACCAGCUAUUUGUGCACCAAUUUGACUAUUUUCAACCAGAUUACCCUGGUGUGUGAUUAUUUUUUCAAUGUUGACUGCGAAGGGUUCGCUCAGUAUGCCGGUUUCGCCAAUUCCCGUCUGUACUCUGACAGACCGCUCUUCGACACACCUCCCGCUGACUACAUCGCCCCCAUGUCUCCCAAUAUGCAAGCCUUAGUGGGCACCGCCGGAUCCCGCUCCGCAGCCCCUGCACCAAAAACCGCCCUGGGCAAAACUCCUGCCGCGCCCAAAGUUCUGACACCAGCUGGCAGGACCGUCCGCUGAACCAAUCAAAGUGGGGGAAAGACAACUAAAUCCGUCAAGGGUGGCCCGACCGGGCAGCCCUACUCCGCUGCCGCUC